AGCAAAUGAUUCUGUUGCAGUGGAAACGUAGCUGAGUCCAGUGGAGACCCACUGCAACAACAUUGAUUACUACCUUCCUGAUAUGGACAACGUAACAAAACAGUUCUCAGAUGAUGCUACGGCCAGAUUACAUAUGGGUCGAUCAAUGAUAGCACUGUUCAUUGUGGCAUUUUUUGCUGUAUUUGUUGCAUUCUGGACAGGAGUUGCUGGUUGUUGGCGUCGGUCUCCCGGCAACAUUACCUGUACUGCCAUUCUUAUGCUGCUGGCAUGUCUGCUGAGUGCCGGCGGAAUGGGUCUGUGGCAUGGCGUGGAGUGCUACGAGAAGGAAAAAGUUGUCGGUGAGGAGUUUUAUCAACAGUGGAACAAUGUACUGAGAGAAGAGACCGUGAUGAUGUAUGACUGGUCGUUCAUCUUGGCGUGGAUCAGCGUUGGAUUUUCUCUCAUUUCAAGUACACUGUUCUUCUGUGCCGCUGCGUGCCUACGUUCAGAGCGCGAGGCAGAGAAAGCGAAGAAUGUGCAGUACAUUAUGCCAGUGUACCCACAGAAGCAGCAGUAUGCGUAUGCAUCAACAGGUUACCCUGCACCGGCAGUGUACCCUGGGCCAUAUUAUCAUGGCUCACAAUAUGGACCAUAUAACUAUUAGCUACAAGAUAUUAUAGCAAGAAGGUAACGCACUGAGACAUUUGUUCACCAUAACUUGUGGUACUGAUGGUGCUGUUAAAAAUGACAUGUCCCACUGAAUCUUAAUGCUGGCAACAGUUGGCCCACCAGUAAGCUGUCGGUAAUGUCACUAAACAAGCGCUGAAAUUUAUCGGAGUUUCAUUCAUGAAGACCCAGUUUUAAAUUAAAGUAUUUUGGUUUGAAUAAACCCAACCUUAUGCUUUCUCUUUGCUAAAACAUCAAUAAUUUCUUUCUGUGCCUCAGAUUAGUCAUUUAGGCAUCGCUUCCAUUUUUUCUGUCAAUUUGGGGUUUCCAGAUAAUCCUUAGGUAAACCAUUCUGUCCAUCUGUCUCUGAAAAUGUGGAAAAAAAAUGCUUGGGCUAUAUUUUAUUUCAAAUAAAUGAUAUUCCAGAAUAAACUGUAUGGAUUAUAAAUUAAUAUUUAAGACCGAUAAUGUAGAAAGUUGGUUUUCAUAUCUGAAUUGCUCAGAGUAUGUUUUUUUCUUUUUAAACUCUGUGAAAUACGCCAUGGACUCUGUACAUGUAAAAUUAAUAAUGCGGUUAACCCCAGGUCUCAGUUCAGGAGUUGCCGUAGUGAUUUCCAGCGUUAUUUUGUGAUAAAAGUCUUCACUCGAUCUGCAUCCACAACACAUUUUAGAUUACCAUAAAAAAGAUCCUUAUUAGGGUAAAUUAGAACCAUAAAUCAGCUGCUCAGAAUGUAUGAAAAACCUUAUUGGUAACCAGAAUGUCAUGAUUUAAUGCUAAUGAACUUUCUGAUACUUGGUUUGCUCUUCUUAAAUAUGUAUUCUGCAGUUUCGUUGCUUUUACUUUAUAUAAAGAUUUUUCAUGUAUCUUUGAAGUUAAAACUUAUUACUUCAGGUAGCCAGUGUACCAUCGAAAGCUCGAGUACGCAAUUUUUCUGCAUCUUAAGACUAACUGAAUUGGUGCAUGGUACUGAGCUGUAUUUGCUGAGGUGUUGCUUAUUUAAAGUGACUCACAUAAUGACAGUUCUAAGGAUUACAACAAUUGUUUUCAGAAGAACAUCACAUUUCAGGUAUUGCAACUUUUGACUAAUGAAACACUGCAUUUGUUUUAAGGCAGGGAAUGACUUUGUAAUCAGUUUCAUUUUGUGUAUUAUCAUUAAUUUUCUACCGUAAUUUUAUUUCAUUAAAGUUGUUGCUGUUAUUGGUUAACACAUGGCCAGUUGUUUAUUAUGACUUUCAAUUUAUUUUCUUUAGAGAAAGAAGUUGAUAGGCUGGUUUAUUACUGUGUCCAUUGGUUUGGAUAAUGGCAGUAUGAACCUUCAGCCAUUUUACCAAAGAGUUAGGUUAUGUGAGUGGUGUCUUACUUAAAAGGUAAAUUUGUGCAGAACAUCAGCCAUACAUUUUUUUUAAAUUCAGUAUAACUUUAAUUGCAGCUUUUAUUAGUGUUCCAACUGUGAAUUAUCUUAAAAUUUGGAAUGAGUGAAUAUAUGACUCUUUCAAUUCAGUGCUCAAUUUUUCAAGCAGAAGAACUGUUUCAGUUGCUGCCAGCAGCUUGUGUGGGUUGGGUGGGUUAAUGUCUUAUAAGCUGAUGUGGACAUUGUGCUCUCUCAAUAUUUUAAAGUGCCUUCAUUUAUGUAGCUCGGUGCAAUAAAUCUUCCAGCUCUUUAGUGUUCACUGUAAUGUCAUACCCAAAGAUUAACACACAAACUGAACACUGAAACAUUUCUAAUAAUGACAAAUAGGUUAGAAAUAGCAAGUUGUAUGUAACAGUGUUACACAGAGAAGUGUUUGUUCUUAUGAUAGUGAGGAAGGUUUUAAAAUCUAUUUCAGGUCUAUAGUUUUACUGAGAAAAAUCACAGAAUUUCUUGAGAUUGGAUACUGGUGUUUAUGUACAUAUAUAAAAAUGGUAGCAUCACAUUUUACGUUUUUGUCUUCAGAAGUUGUCUUUGUGAUUUCUAAGUAAAAACUUCUACCUGUAAAGAAAGAAGAGACUUGUGGUCCAUAAAAUGUGAAGCAUAGAAAACUGUCACUGAAGAACUUAAUUGGAGGUUAUGUUGAAUAAUGAAUGUGAGUACAAGUAGCAAGUUGUGUCAUUUUUAAUAUUUAUAAUUAGGAUCUGGAUGUCCAUGUUUAAGCUUUCCUGAUAAAAAUGCAUAUGCAAAGUCCUCACUUAAAGAGAUCUAUUUCAUUAUGACUGUAUUUGGAAAUUAUAAUGAAGGGAAAAACUGAUUUUUUUAUGGUUUAUGAAGGAUUAAGUGUAUGAGUCAAAAAAAUGUUUGUAUCUUUGUGUGUCAUUUCAUUAUUGGUUCAUUUAAUAAAUGUAUUAUGCUCAAGUGAAAGAAAUAAUUGUCAUCCAGUUUAUACUACAGAAAAAUAUUCAAGAAAGUACUGUUUAACAAAUUAUUAGUAAUUUACUUUUUCUUGAUAGUAAUGAAAUGGAGGAAUAAGGCAUACCUAGCGUAUGGAACAUAAAGUACUCUUUAAAUGAAAAUUUUAAGACUUUUGUUAUAAUUGUAUCUUGUCAGAACAUCCAGUUCCUAGUUACAAUUUGACAUUAUCGAAAUGUAAUAGCAUAAAUUACAUGUUUAAGCUCAAGAAUAUUUUAUAUUAUUUAAUUUUCAUGUCUUUUUUCUAUAUUUUAUAUUCUUUUGUUCACUUUUGUAUAUGUGAUGGUCCAGUUAGAACCUAAAUGAUAUUCUCUGGUUAAAAAAAUUAGUAAUAAAGUCUCAAAAUUCUAUAAAGAAUGUGAAGAUAAAUAAUAAGGUAUCGAUGAAUAAUUCCACACUUAUUUUGAGCAGUUAGAUACUUAAGUUUCUAUUUCAGGCAUUGGUUUAAAAUUCAUCUGAACUUGUGCUAUAUUACUACAAGUUCUUAACUUUUUUGUUUAAAAUGCUUGUAAAAUACUUUAACAUUCUCAGAAUAUAUAUAUAGUUCUACAAUUUAUUUUAUUUAAAAUUUGUCACAUAUUAUUAGUAUUUCUAUUUUCAGUCAUAAGGAGUAGCUUAUAAAUUAAAAUUUGUCAGUUUUUAUAAGAAGAAUACACUGCAUUGAAAAUUAGAUUGUUUUAGUUAAAAAUUAUUUUCUUAAUGGAAACUUAAAAGUAAAAAAAAUGAAAACUUUGUAUCACGAAAGAACUGUGAAAAUAAAAGUGUGGGACAAGUAUUCUGUUUCAUGUCAUAAAAAAUUACAUUUUUUACAAGAAUAAACUCUGAUCUUCAGAGAAUAUUUAUUAUUCUGUUAUUAUUUCAGAAUGUUGUUUUAUACUGGAAAUGUAACUCUAAUAUAUGCAAAUUGGAAAUAAAUUAAUUUUUAUUAUAUGAAA